CUUUUACGUUGACAACCAUGGUGCCAGGGGAGAUUUCAGAGAGCCAGCCUCUUUUAUCACCAAGCGAUGUGGAUGCUACGGAAGUCUAUCCUAUAAUCCAUAUGAUCAGGGCCGAUAUAACGCAUUUUAUUGACACACCUUUAACAUAUGAGGCUCUGACAGCGCCGGACCUUACAUACACGCUCAUUCGACCUCUCUUUGAAAAGUAUGCUGCUCUACAACGCGCUGGAAACAUGUCCAUUGUAUUCUGCUUUCUCCUAAACCGCGUCCAUUUCAUUCGUGAUCAGGGAAUGGCAACCGCUUCCGUGUCGCGUACAAGAGCAGAACUGUGUGAGAUCCUAGCCAUACGUGUUCUGCGCGAUUAUGCCGAUAACAUGUUGGACCUCGUGCACGCACUCUCUACCAGCUGGUCUGUUUAUAACGGUGCCGACCGAGCACUAAUGCAAGCCGCGAGGGAAGAGAGGGAAGACCUAGAAGAGCGAGUGGGCAACGCUAUCGAAAUGGCCAUUCUUGGCAGAGCGAAACGUUUUAUCAAAAGUUCGUCAUGUCAAAAAGUCAUUGAUGGCAUCUGGACAGGAAAAUGUGUGUACCAAGCAACAAGCAGUCAUUCUAUUCUUUCAGAUACAUACAAGCGAACACCAAUUCAUUUCUAUGAUCCUCACAAGGCACCACUACUUGAUCAUUACCGGCUCAAGGUUCCUGCUAUUCGGUCGGUUCUGGAAUACAUGAAUUUCUUGAUCCUUUUCGUCCUUUUCGUUACAGCCAUCGAGAUAAACCAACUGGACUCAAUAAACGCCGCUGAGAUGGCAUUUUUGAUCUACGGCCUGGGGUUCUCUUUGGAGAAGGUCGCCGCCAUGCAGGAACAUGGGAUGCAGGUCUACUUCAAGGGUACUUGGAACGGCUUCGAUCUCGCACUAGUCACUACCUAUCUCAUCUAUGCAAUCCUUCGUGUAUAUGGGGUUUAUCACCACGAUCCUUGGGCUCGCAAAGCAGGUAUCGACUGCUUGGCCCUUAUCGCCUGCUUGUUAUUCCCUCGUCUAGCUUUCGUCACGCUAAAGAACAAUUUGAUGGUGCUUUCUUUGCGAGCGAUGAUGAUGCAAUUCGUUGUAUUGAUGCUUAUCGCGGCCUUUUGUUUCUGCGGUUUCCUGUACGCGUUGUGGACACUGAGCAGAAAUGAAGCAGGAUACAGCGUUGGAACUAUUGCAUGGUGGAUGCUUGAUUUAUGGUUUGGGCUAGAUGCCAGUGGGUUCGACAGGGCCACUCAGUUCCACCGAGUCAUUGGCCCUGUACUGAUGGUUACUUACGCGUGUCUGAGCAACACCUUGUUGCUAACUGUUCUUGUUUCGAUACUAUCUAACACCUUCGCUACCAUCAACGAAGAUGCCGCCGCGGAGGCAAUGUUCAGACGAGCGGUCUCAACAAUUGAAGGCGUCAAAGCCGACUCUCUAUUCUCGUAUCAACCUCCAAUAAAUCUAAUCGCCGUGUGCAUAAUGCUACCGGCAAGGUACAUUCUCACUCCGCGGUGGUUCCACAAGGUUAAUGUUUUCAUGAUUCGGGCUACCAGCUUCCCGAUACUGUUGAUGAUUGCUUUUUACGAACGCCAAGCUAAAUUUUACGGUACAAUAGGAUUCUCCGAGACAUUUACCGUCGCCGCUGAAAAGGUCUAUGACACAUUACCCAAAGGAUUGAAGUGGCUAGCGCUCUUCGAAGGACUCACUCGCUCUGACGCCGAUAUUGACGCAAUCUUCGAAAUUGACGAUGAGUUAAACUCAAGCGCGCUCGAUACUUAUCCGCACGUAUCCAAUGGCUCGCUGUUGAGUUCUCAAAAUCGAAAUUCAACGCCGUCUUCACCGCCCUCUCGGACGGCUCCACAAGCAAAUACACCUGGACAGCAGCAGCCACCCCAUGUGAAUCAUCCCCAUUUCGACGACUCGCUUGGUAAUGCCCCUUCACAUUCACCUUCACAGCCUUUCCCUAUAGCCCGCACCCGCGUAAAUUCCAUCCUCAAUCGUGGUUUUGAAAGCGCCCAAAGUUUCACCAGCCCGCUGGCUCAGAUAUUCCAGCCGUUGGUCCUCCAUGAUGAUCCUAUCGCCGAUGAAGGUCCCAGUCCACCGCAUUUGGUUAGCUUUGGACCAGCAAGUAGAAGAAGACUGUCAUCAAUGCAUCAACACCGAAGAGGGACGACGGACGGUGGGUACGGUCACCAUAGUCCGACACAUCAACGAAGUCAAGAAGGUAGUAAUUUCAAGCGAACAGAUGGUUCGGGACCUUUGUCCGAGAGUCCGCCUGCUGUCACGUCAAUGUCUUCCCCCGAGGACAACUCAUCUAUGAAUUUGCUGACAGCUGCUGCGGUUAAAGAAGAAGAAGCCGAUUCAGGUGGGUACUGGGAGAAGUUUGCGGAGCUGGAGACGAGGCAGGAGAGAAUGGAGAAGCUGCUGGAGAAGAUCGCGCAUAGCUUGAAAGUAAAGGGGGGGUGAUGGAGCGACAUGACUGUAAUAGACUCGACUUGGGAAAGGAGCUCUACUGCACAUUGUACAUUUAUCACCCACCACAGAACAGUCUGUUAUAUUUAAAAUGACCAAGAGAUACUUCAUACUAAUAUCCUCGCUUGUAUCAGAUCAAGGGUGAUAUAUGAUACUGGAUAAUUUCGGUCAGAGGCUUAGCUACGAAGACACAGCAUCGGUGUACAU